CGUAAAAAAGUAAAGUAGUUGCUGGGAGAGGUAAAGGAACACGAAAAUUGGCAUCUUCUGCUCCCUCUAUCUCUCUCUCUCUCUCUUUCUCAGUUACACUCAUCUUUUGCUUUCCCUAUCUGCUUCAUCAUGCGACACUUCUUUUACUUAUAAACUUAAUAAUUAAGGGAUUUAAGGCUGCUCCUAUAAAUACUAUGACUAUGUCGUAGAAUCUUUUCUCAUUUUGUGAUUUAAUCUGUGUCGGGGUUUCGCGGCGGAGCGCAUUCUCAGCAUGAAGAAUCGCCGGAGAAUCAACUGCGGAGGAGCUCAAGGUCCCUCUUCAAAAGGGUACCUUCUUCUCCUAUCAUUUAUCCUCUCAGAUGUCUUCUUCAUCGCCCCAUCUGCCGCCUGCUUUAACGGCAAUUGCCAGCUUCUUGAUUCGUGUGCUUCGGCCACGGACUGUGGGGCUGGGCUUUACUGCGGGAAUUGCCCGGUAAUGGGAAAGAAUCAACCUUUUUGCAUAAGAGGACAAGCCACUGUACCCACUUCCAUUAUCAGUGGGUUACCCUUCAACAAGUACUCAUGGCUGGUGACCCAUAAUGCCUUUUCUAUAGUUGAUGCUCCAUUACUGACAGGAGCUCAGAGACUUACUUUCUGUAAUCAAGAAGACACUGUUACUAACCAGUUAAGGAAUGGAGUGAGGGGAUUCAUGCUGGAUAUGUAUGAUUUCGAGAAUGAUAUCUGGCUCUGCCACUCGCUCCGCGGCCAAUGUUACAACUUCACAGCUUUUGAGCCAGCGAUUAACACGCUUAAAGAAAUAGAAGCUUUUUUGUCUGCCAACCCUUCUGAGAUAGUCACGAUUAUAAUUGAGGAUUAUGUACAUAGCCCUAAAGGUUUGACGAGAGUGUUCAGUGGUGCUGGAUUGGACAAGUAUUGGUUUCCAGUGUCUAAGAUGCCAAAAAAGGGCGAAGAUUGGCCGACUGUAAAUGAUAUGGUUGAGAAAAAUUAUCGCUUGCUGGUUUUCACUUCUGAUUCUUCAAAGGAGGCGGCUGAAGGAAUCGCUUACCAGUGGAGAUACAUGGUGGAAAAUGAGCCUGGAGAUCCUGGGGUGGUGCCUGGCUCGUGCUCCAAUAGAAAGGAAUCAAAGCCUCUUAAUUCGAGAAGUGCCUCGCUCUUUCUAAUGAAUUACUUCCCUACAAUUCCUGCUCAAAAUGAAGUUUGCAAAGAACAUUCUACUCCACUAGCUGAUAUGGUUGGCACUUGUUAUAAAGCAGCCGGGAAUUUGAUGCCAAAUUUUGUGGCAGUAAACUUUUACAUGAGGAGCGAUGGAGGGGGUGUUUUUGAUGAUUUGGAUCGAAUGAAUGGUCAGUCUUUGUGCGGCUGCACUACAAUAACUGCUUGCCAGGCAGGAGAACAUUUUGGAGUUUGCAAGAAUGUUGCUGCAUCUAAUACAACUCCAGGGACAACUGACCCUGCAGGAAGCUUUUCUGGGUCUGUGCAAUUGACAGGGUCUGCUUCAGCCAUCAAAGUCGAAAGUAUAUUUUACGCGUUCUUUCUCUUCUGGCCUGUGGUGUUGUUGUUUCUCGUAUGAUUAGCGGGAAGUGAUCGAGUUCUAUGGUAGAAUGUGUUGCUGCAUUGUUGAGUGCUGGUUAGGCCUUCACUGUGUAAAGUUUUGAGUCAGAAAGGUACUCAUUUUGGCCUGUUAAAACUAGAAAACAUUCACCUUAGAAUGUUAAGGCAAAAGUCUAGGUAAUCAGUGUUAUAGUUUAGCAGAGAUGGCUACAGCCUGCAACAAGUAAACUGUACUCAACAUUAUCCAGAUUUGUGUUUAUAAAACCCCCAUGAUUUUUCAUUUCUU